AUGGCGCGGAGGCCGUCGGCGAGGUCCGCCAAAGUAGCGGGCAGGAGGUCGAGGCCCGUGGGGACGGCGGCGGCCUGGUCUCCGUUGGCGGCGGCGGCGCCCUCGCAGCGCGUGGGCGCCGGUCAUGGCGGCGGGAGUGAUGUUGGUGGCGGCGGUGGACGUGGCGGCGAUGGUGUCGACGGGGGGGCUGUAGGACUAGUAUGUGUGCAUGCCAUUGUCGGCUCAUCUGUGGCGUCUUUGCCGGGCGGUGGCGGUCAUGGCCGGCGGGUGGCAGGCACGGCAAGGCGGUGUUUGCCGGCCUUGAAGCAUUAUGAAGCGGUGCAGGCCGGCACGAGCCUCGGCAAGACCUUCUAUGAAAUGGAUGAGACGAGGUCUAGUGUUUGUGAGGUAGAGAAGGUUCCUGGAAUUGGAGUUCAUGGAGAUGAGUCAGAUAAUUCCAUGAGCUCAGAGCAUGGGAGGGAAGCAAUUAUUAAUAUGGACAUUGACAAUGAUUAUGAGAGAGAUAUUAGUGAGGUUGCGUUGGAGGAAAACAGCGGUGAGGAAAUAUAUGGAGUUGAAAAUGUCUAUGACUAUUAUGGUGAAUCCGACGUGGAGAAUUGCUUUUAUGAUGAUUCAGUAGGUGGCAAACAUUAUGUGGAGGCAAAGCCGUCGAACAGCAUGGAGUCCCAUGUUGAUGAUGGUGAUGAUGCGAACCUCAGUCAAGCUUGUCAGGCAGAGAAUACGAUAGAGCUGUACAUGAUGAUAAAAGAGAUGACUUUUCCUAGUGAAGAAGCUGCAUUCGUAUUCUACAACAGCUAUGCCAAAGAUAAUGGAUUCAGCAUCACAUUGGAUAAGAAGUGGAUGAUAUGGGGGUACGUCCGACGGGAUCUGUACAACCUUUGCAGCAAGGAAAAGAGGAAACUACUUGCGAAGGAUGAUGCUGCCACGACCAUAGGCAUUAUGCUGAGCAGAAAGGAGAAGGACCCAAGUUUUUAUUUCGACUACGACUUAGAUAAAGAAGGACGACUGAAGAGAAUGUUCUGGUGUGACUCGCAGUCUGUACAGGACUAUGAGGACUAUGGAGAUGUCCUUGUGUUUGACAGCACGUACAAGAUGAAUCGCUAUGGUAUGCCAUUCAUACCUUUUGUUGGUCUGAACAAUCACCGUAGGACUACGGUUUUUGGUUGUGCCAUAGUUUCAGAUGAGAAAGAAGAAACUUAUGUGUGGUUGCUCCAAAUAUUUCUGAAGGCAAUGUGUCAGAAGAAGCCUUUGAGUGUAAUUACGGACGCCGACUCAGCGAUGAUUAGGGCAAUCCGCACUGUAUUUCCCAAUGUCUGGCACCGCAUAUGUUCGUGGCAUGUUGAAAAGAAUAUGAAGAUCCAUCUCAGUCACAAGUCGUUGGGCGAGUUCCGGUCUAUGUUGUACUAUAGCACGUCCAUAGCCGAAUUUGAGUAG